UCUGUAGACCUUGCUCACUACUGUCAAGCGCCAACUUCGGCAUCGAACCUUACCAACCCUACCAACGUCAAGUUUCGAUUAUUAAACUGUGUUCAUUUUAUUCUUGUAUUUUUGUUGACUGUUAUCGACCACUCUCCUUAUUAAAGCUAUAAUGAGUUGUCCGAUUUGUGAAAAUCGUCAACUUAUAGAAGAUGAAAACACUGGACAGUUGAUUUGUUCAGAAUGUGGAACUGCAACAGGUGUUUAUAGAGGGGUUACCCAAUCCCAGGAUUUCUCUGAAACCCGCGGAUUACGAGUGAUUCAAAAGACUGAACUUAUAGGUAGUCAAUCCAACCAGGCAGCUACAGAUAACAUAGCGGACACAUCGAGAUUUGUAAAAGUUGAGUCGGAUAGCACACAUGACCAAAAUAUGAAUUUUGUUUGUCGUGAAGACCUGUUGAACACAUUAGAUGAUGAUCUCUUCAGCGCGAAUGAGGUGAGCUUCACUAAUCCUAUGCAGAAAGAAAAGUGCUUUGAAAGCCAUCGUCCUUGGCGGUUAUCUGAACCUUUCACUCCCAUGCAAACGUGUUGUUUGUUGAAGUAACAGCGUUUCAUUGUCACAAUUAUAUUAUUGACCGUAAAGUUAAUUGUGGUCAUUUUUCAUGGAUCUGGAGUUUUGGAUCACAAUGAGAUGUGUCAGAGUAGUGUACAAUUGGAGAUAAUUUAUUUUUUCUCCUAAAUCUCCCGACGAUCUGAACAUUGAUAUUCAUAAUGAGACGUCAAGCAAAUUGUUUGGCUAAAGAAUUAAAUCUUUCUGUGGAACAAAAAGUAUCAUUUUGUGAUACUGUUUGGAACAUAUGGCUCCACUAUUUGUCUAUCACUGGCGAACUUGGCUCUGAUGCUUGGGUAAAUGCAGCUCUUUUAUUGGCAAAGUCGCUUAGUGAAGUACUUGAAAGCAAGAUGAUUCCAGAGGAAGAGAAGCCUACUAAUAAAAUAUUACGGAAACACAAAACAUCGGAUCACUGCUAUAGGAUUACCCAGCGUGAACACGAAUGGGAGCUCAUAAAAACUCGUCUAAGUCAAUUUCAGUGGGUUGGUUGGGGUCUAUUGUAUGAACCAGGGGAAGGUCGGGAAAUAACUAAUAUCCUACAUUUGUCUCGAAAAAAAAAGACAUCGAAAAAAGUCGACAAAAGUAAAAAAUCUAAACGACGUGGACGUAAACGGAAAGACUGUAGUGAGUCUGACUCAUCAGAAUCCGUUUUUUCUGAUAGAAAUCCUGAUGACGACGCUCAAUCCGUCCAUUCAUCUGAUUUGAGAAAUCCGGAUGUUCACGAUUCGGACCUGUCCUAUCAACCUAAAGCUGUGGAAUCGGAAUUAUUCCCUAAUAAUGAUUGGACACAAGAAAUACCACCACAGCAUUUCGCCAAACAACUAUCUCAGUCACGACCGAUAGGUCAUUUACUUUGGCGUGGUCAAAUCGAGGGUGGUUUUCACUGUCGUGUGUUAAUGGAGUAUAAUGUGGCUAUUUUGUUUAUAGCUUGUUUAACUACUUGUCCUGUACGAAAUGCAGUCAAUCCAUUAUUUUCUUCACAUUUUAUAAAUCCAGAUUUCCCAAAUAAUCCAUGUGCACUUACUACAAUGAUUACUUUAAAAGAUUUACAAGACCUAUGCAUUAAUAAUCGUUUACCUUUCAUAUCUGUUCAAAGUUUAUUUCCUCCAGGGGCCUUUUGCAUUCGUGAUCAGAGUCUACUAAGUUUAAUCCGACGUCAUAGACCUCCGGAAAUCAAUCAUUUAGCGUAUGCAACUGCUCGGAUGCGUGAAUUUAUUGGGUUGAAUCAUUUCCCAAAAUAUCCAUUGAGCUGGUUGGUGCAUCGACAUAUAACCGCUCUAGGUCUUCCGGUGGUAAUGCAUGAAUUUGUACGACCUUUGUUAGAGAAACUACAGCAGGAAUGUAUUCCUGUUGGUAAAUAUAUAUACCGCUCUUUGUUAAGUUCAAUCCCCUGGCCCAGGGUCGUUCGACCUGAAGUGUUUGCAAUGGCAUUAGUUGUUAUACUGUUACGUCUCGUAUUCAAAUUCGAUGAUACCUUUGAACAUCGACUUAGUUCUGUCGCUAAAGCUCUGGAGUUAUUUCCCAAUCGUCCAGUUAAAAGUGGUCAAACGUCGGACAUCUCAUUAUACGAUCGACCUUUUGUCUGGAUUUCAUGGGUGCAAUAUAUCGACUCACGAUUUCAUCCAUCUCACAAACUUAAUUUACAUUUGUUGAAAAGUGAUCAAAAUCCAUAUAGUAAUGCUCGAGUUCAUGAAUCUAAUCAACCAUUAGUCAUGACUGCUAAUCAAGGAUCUGAGCUACUCAACUUAGAUAAAGCUUCUGAUUUCUUAGGUUCAACUGAAUUCAAAAUUGGUCGUGAUAUUGGUUGGAAUGAGAAGAGUAUGAAAAAAAUUAAAAUAGCUGAUGCUUCAGUAAAAUUGUUACUAUCUCAGCCAUUGCGUAAUCUAUUCGAACCAUGUCAAGUGGUUGAUUUGACUGAUUCAACUUUAACUACUCAAAAUCAAUGUACGCAUCAUCAAAUGGUGGUCGGUAAUUUUACAUCUGAUUCCAGUACUAACAGUAAAAAAACCACAACUUACAAAAGUUUACUACUUUCAGAUUGCGAACAAGAUGGUUUACUAAGCCCAUUUCUCAAUACACAGUUAAACUUUUUGUAUAACGAAGAUAUUAAUGUCGAUGAUUAUAUUUCAAAUUCUUUCAAUGACCAUCAAACAUUGACCGAUUCAUGCGGAUUUAAUGAAUGCACUAUAAGAGAGUGGUGGUCAGAUUUGAUAAAGCAACGAUCUGAUUACUACUCGAUUUGUAUCGGAGAAUGGUCUUCAAAUUCUUCCAGCAAAUCUCAGUGGAAAAAUCGUAAUCGUAGCAAACAGCCACUUAUUUUACCAAAACCAGUAGAAGAAUUCAUUGCUAAACACGAUGAAAGUUUAUCCAGAGCGCUUGGUCAUGAUGAAUUAGUUCAUGCCAAACAGAAAGACAAGGAUAAUUCUCUAACGGAAGAAUCCAACAAUCUCAAUGCUUCUCAGAUCUUAGAAGCUGAGGAACCUGUAUGUUUACAUUGUUCUGACCCUAGCCGAAGCAUGAAGUGGCUAGUCGACAUCUGUGCAAUGAUUUGUGGAGCGUCCAAUAUUAAAUCACUACUCACUGAAAUUGAAUGUCUAGAACGCUUGCUUAAGUGGCAUGCGAAAGCUUCAUGUUCACACUCAGUUUCAGGGAAUGAUCCACGUCAAGUUGAUUAUGCACUUUUGUCAUUUUUUGAUUUGAAUGUAGAUAUUUGUGAAGUAUCACGAAAUCUGUAGAUUAGUCACUUUUUCUAUAUCUUUUUUCUGAUAUGUCGUUCUCAAAUUAAUUUGUACAGAGAUAUCAAUGAUUUAUAUUUUGCUUAUUUUAUCAACUGAACCUGAACUAGUUGUGUAUUUGCGGUAGUAAAUCUGUUUUUCAUUGAAUUGCACAGUAUAGAG